GUCAGUUGAUGGUUAAUUUGACUAACGUGUUUGUUAUUUUAAAGUGAGUGUUUGUGUGUCUGCAAGCAUAACACAGUAGUGAGCUUCGUGCAUGCUUGUCUCGUUUGUUAACAUUGAACACAAAACACAUUACUCACGGCAUGAGCACGCGGAGAAUGUAUUAAUAGCGAUUGCUUUCUAUCACCCGGCUAUCAAGUAGUGGAUUAUCAGAAAAUAGAUCUGGGCUGAUGAGACUGUCUACGUAUCGCUUACAAGAUAUUCCGGAGCCGGGCAGUAUUUACUGGUGAGCCGGGCGGCCGGUGGAGCGCUGCGGGCUUGCUGGCAGGCGGCGGGACCCGCGUCCUCCUGAGGGAUGAAGGCUGAGGAGGAUCCUGAAGACGGAGAAAACAUGCUGGGGGAUCCAAGCUAAGAGAAGGAUGACGGAACAAAAUGAGCUCGGGGCGGCAGAGAGAAUCCGUUCCUGAAAGUGGGAACCCGCUUGGCUCGCUGCUUUGAGCUGCGGCGGUUUGUAACUCGAUGCGAGAUAAAUCGGUUGCUUUUGGCAGCAAGGAGCCGCGAGGUCUAUGAUGACUUGUUGGUUUUCUUGUGCAGCUAAAGACACGCUGAAUACAGACUGGAACAAGUACGAUGACAGGUUAAUGAAAGCAGCUGAAAGGGGCGAUGUGGAAAAGGUUUCAUCAAUCCUUGCCAAAAAAGGAGUCUGUCCUACUAAGCUGGAUGUCGAAGGGAGGUCUGCAUUCCAUGUUGUAGCGUCAAAGGGAAACCUAGACUGUUUGAACACCAUCCUUAUUCACGGAGUUGAUAUCAUAGCCACUGAUGCUGCAGGUAGAAACGCAUUGCACCUAGCUGCGAAAUAUGGACAUGCUUUGUGUCUGCAAAAGCUGUUGCAGUACAAUUGUCCAACAGAAAAUGUGGAUCUUCAAGGAAGAACUGCUCUUCAUGAUGCAGCUAUGUCAGACUGUUCCUCUAGCAUACAGCUCCUGUGUGAUCAUGGGGCCUCAGUGAAUGCAAAAGAUGGAGAUGGGAGGACACCGCUGGUGCUGGCCACUCAGAUGUGUCGUCCCACAGUUUGUCAGCUUCUAAUAGACAGAGGAGCAGACGUUAAUGCCAGGGACAAACAAAACAGGACUGCCCUAAUGUUAGGCUGUGAAUAUGGCUGCAAGGACGCGGUAGAAGUUUUGCUCAAAAAUGGUGCAGAUGUUAGUUUGGUUGAUGGCCUUGGUCAUGACUGUGCUUACUAUGCCAGAAUCGGUGACAAUAUUGACAUUUUGACUUUAAUAAAAGCUGCCAUUGAGGAUUCCGGCAAAGGAAGAGAUACCAUGAAGAAAGGGCAGUCUGAACAAAAGAUGUCUAAUAUGCCACAAAAGUGGAAUCGGCUGCAUGCACAGGAAGAGGUGAAUGUCAGGCUGUAUCAGAAGGAACAUAAUGCUCAGGAAUUGGAGUUAGAAAAUCAAGAUUUGAAGGACAGAAUGAGAGAAGUACAAGAGGAGCAAAGGAUGUUGCUGGAUAGAAUCAGUGGGCUACAACUACAGUUAAAUGAGGAGCAAAUGUUUGCAGAUGAUCUUGAAAAUGAGAAAGAUGAAUUGAAGAAAAUCCUAACUACCAAGGAAAAACAGCAGGAAGAAAGCUUAAGAACUAUCGAAGCUCUGAAAGCUAAACUCAAAUAUUAUGAAGUUGACUUUGUGGCAUCUGGAAGUAACUUUGGAAAUAGAAAAGAAGAUUUGUUACUUAAGCAAGGUCAAGUGUUUGCUGUGGAGUCACAGUCUAGGUCUAUGCUGAGACCCCUGGAGCUGUCCCUGCCUAACCAAUCAUCCAGUUCAGAGAAGGAAACUUUAAAGAAAGAGCUUGACAACAUGAGGACCUGCUAUGGUGCAGCAAAAGAAGAAAUAAGCAAAUUGCAGAGAGAACUGUCUCACAAAGUAUCUGAAUGUAAAGCUUUGGCAUCAGAAUGUGAAAGAACCAAGGAGGAAUCCGACGGACAGAUAAAACAACUGGAAGAUGCUUUAAAAGAUGUACAGAAGAGAAUGUUUGACUCGGAAGGCAAAGUUAAGCAAAUGCAGACCCACUUUCUUGCUCUGAAAGAUCACUUGACUAACGAAGCUGCUUCGGGAAACAGUAAGCUAACAGAGGAGCUGAAGGAUCAGUUGAAAGAAAUGAAAACAAAGUAUGAAGGAGCCUCCGCUGAAGUGGGUAAACUAAGGAACCAGAUUAAGCAGAAUGAAUUGCUAGUGGCAGAAUUUAAGAGAGAUGAAGGAAGGCUGGUAGAAGAGAAUAAAAGGUUGCAGAAGGAACUUGUUAAGUUGGAGAUGGAGCGAGAUAAAAAGGGGAAAAAUGUCCUGGAGUUAGAAGGACGGCUCAAAGAAACAGCAGCAAAGUUAGCCCACUCUGUAACUUCAGAGAAAUUUGAAAACAUGAAGAGUGUGUUAUCAAACGAAGUGAAUGAGAAAGCAAGGAAGUUAGCAGAGAUGGAAGGAGAGCAUGAAAAACUGCAGGCAGAGAUUCGCCUUUUGAAGAAGGAAGCUGAGAGUCAGAAAGCUAAACUUGCUCAGCGUAUAAAGCCAGAAGACCAUGAACAAAUGAGGAGUGGAUUUGAGCAAAGAAGUGAGGAACUUGGAAAAACAAUUUCUGAAUUAUCACAGAAGAAUCAGGCUCUGCAGAAGGAACUUGAAAGAUUUCAGGUUGAUAACAAGAUGCUUAAGCAACAAAUCCAAGUGCUAAAAACUGAAAUAAAAAGCCAGAAUGUGCCUUUAAAAAUUCACGAAGAAUUGAAAAAAACAAGUGAUGUGACUGUUGGUGAUCUGACCAAAAAGCUUUUUGAAAUAACUAAAAAGUACAAUGAAAGCAGAGCAGAAGCUGAAAAAUUACUGGUGGAGAAGAACAACUUAAGUGAGAACAUCAGCCACUUCCAAGCUGUGUACCUGUCUCCGGAGCAGCACAAAAAAGAAAUGGAAGCUCUAAAAUCUAGUGGUAUUGAACUUGAAAAUCAGCUUGCUGAGCUUCAGAAAAAAUAUGAUGAUGAACAAGAAAAAAUGUGCAAACUAGUGUCUGAAAACACAGUCAUAAGAGAAACUCUCAGGGAUCAGUAUGUUUUGGCUACAACACAUGAAGAGAUUAAAACAGUUUUGAAUAACACACUAGAAGAGACUAAUAGGGAGCUGUCAGAUCUGAAAGAAAAAACUGAAGAGAUAAAGCGAGAAUUUGUGAGGGUAAAUGAAGAAAAUGGAACCUUGAAAAAUAAGGUGAAACUUUUACAGAAUCAAUUACAAACUGAGUAUAUAAGCUUAAAAGAUCAUGAAGCCAAAGUGACUACUGUAAAUAAAAGCAUGCAGGAACUUCAGGAAAACAAUGCUGCAAUAAUGGCUGAAUAUAAGAGGGGUCAAGAAGAAAUCUUACAGUUACAUGCAGAAAUUGAAGCCCAAAAGAAGGAACUUGACACAAUUCAAGAGUGCAUUAAAUCAAGAUAUGCCCCAGUUGCCUCCUUUGAAGACCGAGAACAAAGCUUUGAAGCUACAGUGAAAGAAUUAAAAGCACAGUUGCAGGAACAGGCGCAGAAGUGCAGAGAAAGUGAGGAGGAAAACAUGAAGUACAAAGGGGAGAAUGAAAAGCUCAGAAAUGGCAUUUUGUCCAUCCAAAAUGACUUGCAACAGAACUAUAUCCUUGCCGAGAAAUCCCAUGAAUUGGAAAAAAUGUUUGCAAGCAAAAUGGAGGAGCUGAAUAAGCAACUGAGAGAAUUGCUGCAGAAAUAUACAGGCAACAAAGAAGAGAAAGGUGAGCUGCAGGAGGGUGCCAAGCAGACCGUACCUCUGCAGGCUCCUGUGGAGGGUCAGCACCUUUCAGUGGAACAAAUUGAAGCCUUGAAGAAGGCGCUUGGUCACACUGUAGAGGAUCUGAAGGAAGCCCUCAGAAGAAAGAAGGAAUGUUAUGACAAAGAGACACUAAAAGUAGGAGAACUACAGCAGGAGCUGUUGGAUCUAAAAAAAUCUUCAAUAUCUUUGGUAGAAUAUACACAAAUGAAAGAAAUGCUAGAACAAGAAAUCAAAGCAACCAAAAACAGCUUAAAAGAAAAGGAGGGUGAAAACCAAGUUAAAAAUGAGGAAAUCCUGAAGUUGCAGGCUGAGAUUCAGCUUAAUCGACAAGCUCUAACAGACCUGGAGAGCAAAGAAAUGAUUGACAUGUCAGAGUACAAAUCCAUGAAAAGUACUCUGGAGGCCCAAAUUAAUAGUAUAGCUGAAGAUUUGUCUUGUGUAAAUAAAAAGUAUGAGGAAGCAUGUGAAGAGGCUUUGCAAGCUAAAAAGAACGAGCUUUCUUUAAAAGAUGAAAAGGAAUUGCUUCAGUUACGGAGUUGCAGUAUUGAGCAAGAAAUUAAAGACCAGAAAGAAAGGUGUGAUAAAUCACUGAUGACAAUUAUUGACUUGCAGAAGAGAAUACAGGAGUCGGCAAAGCAGGUGGAAGCCAAGGAUAACAAGAUUACAGAACUGCUUAAUGAUGUGGAGCGGUUAAAACAAGCUCUUAAUGGCUUGUCUCAGCUUACGUACACCAGUGGGAUUCCUUCCAAGAGGCAGAACCAGCAGGUUGAAAUGCUUCAGAACCAAGUAAAAACACUGCAACAACAGCUAGCUGAUGCUAAAAGGCAGCAUCAAGAGGUAGUUUCAGUUUAUCGGACACAUCUUCUUAGUGCUGUACAGGGUCACAUGGAUGAAGAUGUCCAAGCUGCUUUACUACAGAUCAUUCGAAUGAGACAGGGACUUGUUUGCUGACGUGCUUAGUGCCAUUGUUCUUGAAGGCGGCUGCAGCUUGUAGGAAUGCUGUGAUUAUGGUAGUGAUAACCUUCAUGCGAUUUAUGUAAUUGUGAUAACACAGCUACAAUUAGAACCCCAGAAAGUUACUUCAUAUAAGAAACAACUUAAAAAACUGAAAUAUUUUCUUCCAAACAGUAAAAUAGAGCUAAGUUUCAGAGCUGACACUUCUUUCAAGAGAUUAAUAAAAGAUGUAGAACAUAUUUUAAAAUUGGUAUGCAAAUUGACUGUCAAAAUGAUGACAUAGUAGUUAAAUUAUUUCAAUGUCUGAUUGACCACUUCUUAAAACAAGGCCUAUACCUAGGAAUUCCAGUUUGUCCUAUAACUUGAACUCUCAUGGUGUGGUUGAAAAUAAAUUAUGUUCAAAUGAGCUUGGCUAAGUAUUGUAGCUGUAUAACUCCUUCAAUUAAAAAAGUGACUAUUUUAUUUGUAACUUAAGCUGAUCGACACUUAUUACAAUGUGUUUAGAAAGUCAGCUGCAAAGCUAGAUGGAGGGUAUUUAGGUAUACGCUGUAACUUGGCUGGCCAAGUUACAGGCUUUAUUUAAAUAAACUUUAAGAUGUAGUGCCUUUGCUUUUUACAAGACACACAAAUCAAAUUUUCCUUCAAAACACUAACUUUGUUUAUCCCCUGACCCAAGAGAUUUUUCAUGAAUGCUUUGUAAUAUUGAUUACUGUAGGCUAAAGUAGUAGGACUGGAGUGUCAUAGUUGGUAGAGCAGCAUUUUGAAAUAAAUGCAAUAGUUCUACUUGCGUAUAAUUUCAUUCUUCAUUAGGCAUAAUAUGGGUGUAGACCACGCAGCUCAUUUAGCUGUACACUAGAUAAUUUCGUUACUGGAUUUUCAAACACUAUCUCAUGGAAUUUUAAGGUAUUUUCCUCCUAACUGUAAAAUAUGUACUAUAAUCUGAUUAUUUAUGGGGAAAGAUGCAAAUAGUAAGAUUAAUGAAAUGAGAAUUUUUAUUUGCUUGGAAUCUACCUAUUAAAGCAGGGCUUCAUUUUUAACUGAAGGAUGAUAUUUCCAUAAGUAAGUUUAAUGACAGAAAAUAAUUUGGGACUAUUCAAAGAAAGUAGUUCAAAAGUGAGCCUAAUAACAUAUGUUGGUGUUUUAAUAGUGCAAGCAGCGUGAAUGCUAUUGGUAGCCCUGUUAACUUCAAGCUACUUGGCUGAAAGCAUUUGCUUACAACUAGCAAGCAGGAACCUGGCAUCCUGAUGCAGAGAAGAUAAGCUGCCUUUUCCAUGUUCCAGAAAAAUAAAGACUUAAGAAAGAGUGCUGAAUUCUUUGCUUCACGUUAAUUGGGCUUCCCAACAAGCUGUCUCUUGCAGGCUUAGGUCUCUUUCUUUUCUUCAGUGAUGUUAUAUUUGUUUCCUUUUGUGUCCCUUUUUGGGCAGAGUCAUGUCAUAGAAUUGAAGAGAUGACUGCCACAUAGAGGGGGAUACAGAAAGUGAUAAAUGUGCAGGACAGUUUUUAUUAUAUAAAUACAUUUAAUAUAUUUACUAAAUAUGUCUGUAGUACAACAGAUCUAGUGCUGCUUUCCUUUAAUUUCUUAGAGGACUAUUACAGAAAGCAUCUCAGUAUAUAUACAUUACUUUUAGCCAAAUUCUUUUAUGGUUGCAUUACUUGAAACUCUUAUUAGAGAGAAAUUGUUUUAAUAUACUAACUCUGGCAUAUUUUGAUAUUGUAUGUUUCUUUAUUGAGGGAGUUCUAUGUAUGUUUUUCUAAUUUUUUCCCAUAUUACAUUAUUAAUAAAAAUAUUUUCUUC